GGAAAGAUUGGCAGGCGAGGGCCCGCCUCGGCGCCUAGGUCCAGGGUGAAGGGUGCUGGCGCGGACGCUGUCAUGGCUGCACGAUCUGUCACUCUCGGCAUCGACCUGGGCACCACGUCUGUGAAGGCGGCCCUGGUGGAGGCCGCGCCCGGCGACCCUUCCGGGUUCGUGGUACUGGCAAGCUGUGCUCGGGCAGCGCAGGCCGAGACGGCGGCCCAGAGCGCGGCGGCGGGGCCCCAGGGGCAAGAACAGGACGUGAGGAGAAUCAUCCAGGCCCUCCAUGAGUGUCUUGCUGCCCUUCCCCGGCAGCAGCUCCGGAAGGUCUGUGGCAUCGGCGUGUCGGGGCAGAUGCAUGGAGUCAUGUUUUGGAAAACAGGCCAAGGCUGUGCAUGGACAGAGGGAGGGGCCGCCCCUGUGUUCGAGCCUAGAGCUGUGAGCCACCUGGUCACGUGGCAGGAUGGCCGGUGUAGCAGCGAGUUCCUGGCUUCUCUGCCCCAGCCGGAGUCCCAUCUCAGUGUGGCCACAGGGUUUGGCUGUGCAACCAUCUUCUGGCUUUUGAAAAAUAGCCCGGAGUUCCUCAAGUCCUACGAUACAGCUGGCACCAUCCAUGACUAUGUGGUUGCCAUGCUGUGCGGCUUGGCAAGACCCUUGAUGUCCGACCAGAAUGCUGCUGGCUGGGGCUAUUUCAACACCAGGAGCCAAAGCUGGAACUUGGAGAUACUGAGGGCCGCCGGCUUUCCCGUCCAGCUGCUCCCAGAUGUAGCGGAGCCUGGCAGUGUGGCAGGAAGAACUUCGCAGGCCUGGUUUGAGAUCCCAAAGGGGACGCAGGUGGGCGUGGCCCUGGGUGAUUUGCAGGCCUCCGUCUAUUCCUGCAUGGCCCAAAAGACCGAUGCAGUUCUCAACAUCAGCACCUCAGUUCAGCUGGUAGCUUCCAUGCCUUCAGGAUUCCAGCCACCACAGACUCCAGACCCCGCAGCCCCAGUUGCCUACUUCCCGUACUUCGACAGGACUUACCUGGCUGUGGCAGCGUCACUCAAUGGGGGCAAUGUGCUGGCCACGUUUGUCCACAUGCUGGUCCAGUGGAUGGCAGAUCUAGGCCUGGAGGUUGAAGAAUCCAUGGUGUAUUCAUGCAUGAUCCAGGCAGCUGCCCAGCAGAGAGACACCUGCCUGACCAUCACUCCAACAGUGCUGGGAGAGAGGCACCUGCCGGACCAGUUGGCCUCAGUGACCGGAAUCUCCUCCUCUGACCUCUCCCUGGGGCACGUGACCCGGGCCCUGUGCAGAGGCAUCGUUCAGAACCUGCACUCGAUGCUUCCAUUUGGGCAGCUCCGGGAGUGGGGCGUGGAGCGGGUGAUUGGCAGUGGGAGUGCGCUGUCCAGGAAUGAAGUGCUGAAGCAGGAAGUGCAGAGGGCAUUCCCUCUGCCAGUGUCCUAUGGACAGGAUGUAGACGCAGCUGUGGGGGCCGCUCUGGUCAUGCUCCAGAGAAGCCUUAGCCAGCAGAAGUCCUAGCACAUUCGUUGGCCAAAGGACUGUUGCAAAUUUUAUCUAAUUAACGUCCCUGACCCGAUCUUGGGGGUCAUCCUUUUCCUGGACAGCUCUGUGGGCAGCUUUUAAGCAAUGCUUGUUCUUGGGGCCUCAAGAGUCAGUCUUCGGGGCACACACUCAUAAUGCAGCCAGGAAUCAUCAACCAGAUCCCAAAUCAGUGCCUUCUGAAACUCUCCUGAGAGCUGGUUGCAAAUGUAAAUGUGAGAGAGAAAGAAAGGAGGAAGGAAAGAGAAAGAGAGAAGGAAAAGGAAUGGUAACCCAGCAUCUUGGUCAACAGGGUCAUCUUUAGGCAAAAUAAAUGUGGGCUUCAGACACCAAA